AAUUUUUAAAGAAGAAUUUAAUUUGUUUAAUAAGAUAUAAGAAGAAAACAAUCCAAAGAAAACAAUGGAUCCACGAAGUAAUAAACCUUAUGAUUUUGUAGCUAAUUAUAAAAAUUUAACCGAAGAGGUGGAAAAAGUAAGACAUUUACGAAUGAAAUGGUAUCAGAAAUAUGAAUGGUUAUUGGAUGAGAAAUUAAAACUAAAAAAAGAAAUAGAGAAAUUAUGCGAAGAAAAGCAAAUAAUUAUCGCCGCAGAACCAUUCGUUUCAGAAGAAGGAAAAACAUGCCUACCAGUUCCAAUUACUACAAAUGGCGAGUAUGGUUGGCUUGUAGUGAAACCAAAAUUCCAAUUAGAAAAAUAUGGAACUUAUAUACCAGAGUAUCCUGAUCCUCUUAACGAUGUAACUCCAUUAACCAAAAAUAUGCCUGCUCUUGGUGCGGGUAUAGGAUACUUUUGGUAAAAUAUAAAAUUAAUAAAUGAAAUAAUGAAUUUCCUAA